CAAAUAGCAAUAUUCCUAUUUAGCAACAACAACGACCCUUUUUUGCGAAAAAUGAUAAUUCUGUUCCGCACACUGAAAGAAUGACGAAACGUGCGCCAGGUUUCCCCGCGCGGUAACGGACGAAAACACCGGACUGUGAUAUGCAGGAUGUGGCCACGUCCCUCUGGAUGUCCGACACUCGGUGAAGACGGAACAGACCUUGUGAAUCUCAAACCCCGUCCCACUGUGGAAGAGUUUCAGAAAUCACCAAAUAAUGUAGCCCUGUGACGCCCCCCCACUCUCCCCAUUCUCUGGGUUCGGUGCAUUUCAAGUGUCCGCUGUCGAUGGGGCCGAGCGCACGCUUCACUUCGUACCCGUAUGUCAAUUGUUAGACUGAUGUGCUGUGUUGGCCCCCCCCUCUCCCCCUCCCUCCCUCCCAGCUGUCAUCUGUUUGAAGUGAUCUGAUCCACCAAUCGAGUCCCUCGGGAUGAACGGCUCUCUCUUGACCCCGCCCAGCCCACGAGCGGCCAGCUCCUCUCCCUUGCCCCCCUCCCCGUCCCCGUCCCCGCCCUCUCCCUCCAUGCUGCCCCUGUCCCCCCGCCCCCCGCCACUACCCCCUCUAAUGAGUCCCCCCCUGCAGGCCCACCCGUCCUCCUCUCCGACACCCCCACGCCGUCCCCCCUCGCCCUGCUUGAGCUGGACCGAGUUUUGCGAGCUCCACGCCCGCGUGGCCGCCGGAGACUUUGCGCGCCACUUCCGGGCCUUCCUCCUGGAGAACCCCCACUACUCCCCCGACUCGGCCGUCGCCUUCUGCCGCCGCUUCACUGACCGCUUCGUCCGUCACUUCCAGAGCGAGCUGGAGGGGGCGCUGCCGGCCAGCUGCGCCUCCGCCAGGGACGACAUGGCAAGCUGGGCUCCCCAGCCGGACGCCACCUCCCUGGAAGAGGAGGCGGUCUUGCCGUUGCUGGCGUCUGGAGGCGCCGUCCUCUCGUGCCCCCAGACCGCUGCUGCUCGGGCGCCAUUAAAACUGGCGCCCACGCGGUUGGUGUUGGAGAACCGCUGCGGGGACAGUUUUCAGGACUCCUACGCCCACGGCCAAGUCCUGCCCCCGUCCUCUUCCUCGUCGUGUUGCUCCUCGGUGGGGGGGAACAACGGAAGGCGCGAGGAGAGGAGCGCCGCGGUCACCGCCGGCAACGGUGAAGCGCCAGUGGAGGAGGAGGAGGACAGCUGGUUGGGCGUGGCGUCCGUCGGCGAGGACGCCGAGCAGGAACAGGAGUUUGCCGAGGUUGAUGACCCUGCCUACACCUCCCAGAUUCCUCACUCCUCCUCCUCCCCCCCCCCGGACGCCAAGGGCAACGGGACGCCCAACUCCUCCAAGAACAAGCUGAAGAAGCGCUUCUCCCUGCGCAGCGUGGGGCGCAGCGUGCGCGGCAGCGUGCGCGGCAUCCUGCACUGGCGCAGCUCAUCCAGCGACUCCGGCCAGAGCCCGCUGCCCUCAAGCUACAGCUACACUAUGGGCGUGCAGGACGCCGCCAUGGUCUCCGCCCCCAUGAGAUACUAUGCGAUUCAGCACGCAAUGCACACUUUGUCUUUCUUGUCCGUGUCCAUGUCCAUGCGCCUCUCACUACCGCACUCGUCGUCUUCUUCGUUGCCGCCUUGGUCCUCCAGCAGCGCCACCUCCCUCUCCCUCUCGGAGGCCGCCCGGGACCGCCGGCGGAGCAACGGCGAGGGCGGCGAGAAGGAGAAGUGGAGCCACCGACUGGAGAAGCUCCGGCUGUCUCGAUCCCCCCCCCCCGCUCUCACCCCGACCGCUGGCGGGCCUCAUUCCUCCACGCUGCCGCCCAGCAGUGCCGCCGCCUGCGUUGCGGGACCCCUGAGGAAGGUGGGCCGGCUGGUGAGGGAGGGGGGGGUGAGCGUCAGCUCGUCCACCGACGAGUUCACGGGAAGCCACGGCUUCUCCGGCUUCUCCUUCGGGCUCCUGCACCACGGGGCGGACAGCAACAGCAGCACCUCCUCGGCGGGGCUGGGCGGGCCGGUGCAGCCGCUGGCCGGCGGGGGGAGCGUCCCCUGGAGGGGGGGGCGCUGGCACAAGUGUCGCCUGGUCCUCAAGGAGAGAGACCGGGAGGGGGGAGAGAGAGGGGAGGAGUACUACCUGGAGUUCUUCAUUCCACCCAAAUCGUCGAAGCCUCGGCUGACCGUCCCCUGCUGCUCCAUGGUGGACGUGAGGAGCACCACGGCGCAGGAGGUCCCCGACAAGGAGAACACCUUCCUAAUGCAGCUGGAGGGCACGGCUCAGUACGUCAUCGAGACUCGCGACGCCGUUCAGAUGAGAGCCUGGCUGAGCGACAUCCGGAACGGCAUCUGUCUCAGUGAACAGGAGGACGCUGAAGGAGUCUCCAUGGGGCCGCUGGACAUCAGCGGGACGCCAGAUAUUGUUGACCGUCUCUCACAAGUGUGUUACGGAGGCUCCUCCCCUCUGAUGGAUCCCCUCCCACCGGAGCUGCCACCUCGAGCGCCUCUCGACGAACCAGACGGCCGGAUCCUCGGUGGAGGCGGAGCCGGCCUUGGGACGCCUUUUGCUGAGACGCCAGACGCCACGGGCUCCUUCCUGUUCUUGGAUGUGGCCCCCGCCGAGGCGGUGGAACACCCGCUCAGCGAGUGCCAGUGGUUCCACGGCACUCUGUCCCGUCUCAAAGCCGCCCAGCUGGUGUUGGCCGGCGGCCCGGCGAGCCACGGCGUCUUCCUGGUUCGCCAGAGCGAGACGCGACGCGGAGAAUACGUCCUCACCUUCAACUUCCAGGGAAAGGCCAAGCACUUGCGUCUGUCCCUGAACGAGGACGGCCAGUGCCGAGUGCAGCACCUCUGGUUCCAGUCCAUCUUCGACAUGUUGGAGCACUUCCGGGUGCACCCGAUCCCCCUGGAGUCCGGCGGCGCCUCCGACGUCACGCUCAUCAGCUUCGUGGGCGCCACCGCGGUCCGGCAGCCAGACUUGACCAGCAGACCCCGUAGCCCCCCUCAGCCUCCGCCCCCCCCGCUGCCACCGUGCCGGCCACCGCCCCCCACGCCUCCCCAAGAGCAAGAGGACGAGGCGGCGGGAGGCGCGACAGAGGCAACCACGUCGGUGACCGUGACGGUGACAGGAGGUGGAGGAGGAGGUGGAGCAGGUGGUGGUAGUAGUAGUGGAGGGGGUGAAGAAGACUGGGAGGAGAGAGACAGGGACACGCCUCUCCAACAACUAGAAGCUGUGGAGGGAGAAGAGCGGGAGGGAGCGAGGGCGCCACGAGCCAUCGACAACCAGUACUCCUUCUUCUGACGCGAGAGAGAGAGCAACACUAACUAGCGGUACUUUUCUUUGUGUUCUUUUAGUCCGAUAAGCUUUUUAUUUUUUUGAUGACUCAGCGAGCUUGUUGUUGAGCUCGAGCGGGUUGAAGCCUGCAGACCCGAUAGCUCAACCACCUUCUAUCCACAGAACUACGGAGGCCCAGAUACAAAACAAAAAUAUAUUUCUUCCUUGUGUUUGUGACGUAAAAAUAGAAACAAAAUGAUUUAGUUGCUAAUAAAAUGUCUCGCUUACAACAUCAGAAGAACCAAACUGCUGUUAUUAUCUUUCACCAAAAUCAUUUCAACUGCUCUGAAGUCACUUUAAACCGUCAAAAUGGACACAAACUACAUCGGUUAUUUUAAUAAAAACACAAUGAAAAUGACGGAACUUAAACAUUGCAUUUUUGUAGUCCUUAUUAUAUUUAAUGGUGUACAAUAAUGAUCUCGUGUUAGGAAAUGAAUAAUUCAACUCUAAUAUCUAUUUUCUAUUCAUGUGAAAACGCUACACAAAUUAUACCUGAACAUUACGACGGUUUGUAUAAUCCUAUUCCCUGAGCAGAGCCUGAAGGCAUCGCAAUGUAACUGAAGGGAACCUUCGUUCGUUAGCCGCUAGCGGUGCUGCUAAUGCUGCUAGCUCUCCUGCUGCUGAGCUACACACUGAUUGGAAUAUUUACAGCUUGUCUUUACAGUGUUUCUUAAUUUAAAGUUUUACAACAUGCUAUUUUUUAUUGUCAGACAUUUGCUGGUUUGUGCUUUAAAAAUGUGUUUUCUGCUUUUCUACAUUUUUUUUCACAGUAAAUUUGAUAUUUUAAAAUAUUUUUUGCAUACGUUUUUUCUUUCUCAAUUUUCUGCCAUUUUAUUGUUAAAAGAAGGAACUGAAAUAAAAACAAAAUACAACAUUAGGUACAAAUAAGAGCUAAUGUAGCGAACUUAGCUGAGUAACCAAUAAAAUGUUGUUCGAUAAGUGACAUUGGGGAUCAGAAGAAAGGCGUUAUUUAUUACCUCCUGUCCGCAUAUUGAUCUCACUGAUCAGCUAUAAAACUCCACACCUCUUGUUCUAAAAAACACUAAACUAGACUGUUUUCUUCUAUAUUGGUUUAAAAUAACACGUUCUGCCUCCUGUGGCUGAAAUGAGUGUUACAACAACAAUGCAAAGCAAAAAGGCAGAAACUAAAUCACCCUGAAAUUGAUCCUGGUGAAAGAUUUCCAUCUGUUCUUAAGUCACAAACGCAGGCGAGAACACUUCUAUUUGUACUCUCCGGGCUUCCGUAGUUCUGUGACCGGAAAACCCAGAACGACACGACAGCAGAAUCCGUUUAGGAGAUCAUACUGAUAAUGUACGUGGCACAAUUCUAACAUGUUCUUUUCUUUGUUUUACCUUAUUGUAUAUUUGAUAUCUUGAGACCUAAAAGCAUUUCAAGGGUACGUAAGAUGAACCUUUAUUGAUCCUCAGCAUAAGUACAAACGCACCAUUCGUACUGAAAGAAAACAGGUCAAAUAAACACUAUAAAGAGGUACUCGAAUCCAAAUAUGUGUACACGUCCUUAUUAUCUUCAUAAGAUCCUCAGAGGACACAAAGCGGCGUUAAAUCCACCGUUUCUUAAUGGCGUCUGCCCCCCCCCCCCCCCCCCCCCCCCCCCCCCACA